UUCUAAACCAAAACCAAAAUCAAAGGCAAGUUGGCAGGGCAUUUGUGCCAUUUUCGGUCCGUCGCGGGGGCCUUAUCCACUGCCCCACACUUCCGUCCCUGUUCCCUACUUCCUCCCCCUUCCUUAUAAACCGAACCUAACAGGCAGCUUCAGUUUUCUUUGUCCAUGUCCACCACCACUACUGUGGGUGGCUAAAGCCCCUCUCUCCACUGAGCCCUGGCCCAGCCCGACACGCGCGCACACACGCAAAUAAAUAAAUAAAAAUGGCGGUUACCGAUUUCUUCGCCGGCGAGAUAGCCACCGAGCUCCUGAAACAACUCAUAACCAUCUGCAGAAAAUCCACCCUCUGCAAGUCCAGCGCCCAGGACCUCAUGGACUCCAUUCAAGAACUUAUCCCCAUCAUCCGCGAAAUCAAAUACACCGGCGUCGAGCUCCCUCCCACUCGUCAGCGGCAGCUGGAUUUUAUCUCCCAGAAGCUCCGGGACGGCCAAGAACUGGCCGCACAAGUUCUCAAAUCCCCGCGUUGGAAUGUGUACAAGAAUUUGCAGCUAGCGAGGAAGAUGGAGAAGCUAGAGAAGACCAUAUCCAGGUUUGUGCAUGGCCCCAUGCAAGCUCACGUGCUUGCCGACGUUCACCACGUGAGGUUCGACAUGGCGGAGAGGUUCGAUCGGAUUGAAGGGUCCACUAGGAGGCUGGAGCAGAGGCUUGGGGGACUGAAGAUUGGUAUAGUUGAUGAGAGUGGUGGUUGGAUCGGGGAGGCGGUGAAGAGAGUGGAGGAGGAGGAGGAGAUGUGCGGUGGUGAUGGUGGGUUCAUGAGUUUGGGAGCUGGGAUGGAGUUGGGGAAGAGGAAGGUGAAGGAGAUGCUGAUGGGCAGGGAAGAUUUGAGUGUGGUUGGGAUAUUGGGGAUUGGUGGUAGUGGAAAGACAACCUUGGCUAGAGAAAUUUGCCGGGAUGAUCAAGUCAGAAGCCAUUUCAGUAACAGAGUUUUCUUCCUCACUGUCUCUCAAUCUCCAAAUGUGGAGCAACUGAGAGCAAAAAUUUGGGAAAUGAUAUCUGGCAACUCGAUUGAUGGUUUUAGCCCUAUGAUUCCGCAAUGGAGGCUACAGUAUGAUAUCAAACCUGCUGCAAAGACUCUUCUUGUUCUUGAUGAUGUUUGGUCACUUUCUGUCCUUGAACAGCUGAAAUUUAGGAUUCCUGGCUGCAAAAUCCUUGUGGUUUCAAGAUUCAAGUUCCAACAAGUCACAGAUUGCACGUAUGAAUUGGAGUUAUUGAGGGAAGAUGAAGCUAUGUCCCUAUUCUGCCGCUUUGCCUUUGGACAAAACUCCAUCCCUCUCGGAAUCAAUAAAAACCUGGUUAAACAGGUUGUUGAUGAAUGUAAAGGGCUCCCUCUGGCUCUAAAGGUGAUCGGAGCCUCUCUAAGGGACCAGCCUGAAUUGUUCUGGACAAGUGCCAAAAACAGAUUAUCGCGAAGCCAACCAAUUUGUGAAUCUCAUGAAGUCCAACUGCUUGAGCGGAUGAAAUUGAGUAUUGAUUACUUGCCAGAUAAAGUCAGACAAUGUUUCUUGGAUUUGGGUUCCUUUCCAGAAGAUAAGAAAAUUCCUUUAGAUAUCGUCAUUAACAUGUGGGUGGAACUACAUGAUAUUGAUGAAGAGGAGGCUUUUGCUAUUCUUGUUGAGCUUUCAAACAAAAAUCUCCUGACGCUCGUGAAAGAUGCUCGAUCAGGAGACAUGUAUAGCACUUAUUAUGAAAUAUGUGUAUCGCAACAUGAUGUGCUGAGGGACCUGGCAAUUUAUUUAAGUAGUCGUGAGGACAUCAAUAGACGGAGGCGUCUGCUCAUGCCAAGAAGAGAAGAAGGGCUGCCAAAGGAGUGGGAGAGGAAUCUGGAUGAGCCAUUCAAUGCACAGAUCGUCUCCGUGUAUACAGGGAGAAUGGGAGAGAUGGACUGGUUCCAGAUGGAUUUUCCAAAAGCUGAAGUGCUCAUAUUGAAUUUUUCAUCAGAUGAAUACUUCUUGCCUCCUUUCAUUGACAACAUGCCCAAGCUUAGAGCUUUGAUACUCAUCAACUAUGGCACCUCCAGUGCAGUCCUGCAUAAUGUGUCGGUGUUCAGCAAUUUAAGCAACUUGAGGAGCCUCUGGUUGGAAAAAGUGUCCGUUCCUCGCUUGCCUGACAGAAUGAUACCCCUAGAAAAUUUGCGAAAGAUGUCAAUAAUUCUUUCUGAUAUCAACAAUAACCUUGAUCAAUCAGUUGUAGACUUGCCCCAUCUCUUUCCACGUCUCUCGGAGUUCACAAUGGAUCAUUGCAUCAAUUUUUCUGAGCUCCCACCAUCCAUAUGCAGGAUGCAGUCACUGAGAAGCCUGAGCAUCACUAAUUGUGAUACUCUUGAAAGAUUUCCAAAGGAUUUGGGUAAACUGAGUUCACUACAAAUUUUAAGGAUCUAUGCUUGUCCAAAACUAAGAAGCCUUCCCUCUGGAAUCGGUCAUCUUAUUUGGCUGAAGUACCUAGACAUCUCGCAAUGUGUAAAUUUGCGAUGCCUCCCGGAGGAAAUUGGCGGGUGCAGAAGUUUAGAGAAGAUUGAUAUGAGGGAAUGUCCACAGAUUAGAAACGUGCCAAUGUCUGUUGCAGCAUUGCAGUCUUUGCAGCGCGUGAUUUGUGAUGAAGAGGUUUCUUGGUUGUGGAAGGAUUUGGAAAAGAUUGGCUCGAAUCUUUGUGUCCAAGUUGCUGAGGAAUGCUUUAAUCUGGACUGGCUGGCUGAAUGAUCAGGGCCUUUCCUUUGGUCAAUUGGGAGCAGAAAAUUGCGAGACAAAGGUGGGACGGUCUUCCGAAAUCCUGACCUGUGUGGAGGCAAGAAGAUCCGACUUUUGAAUCACCUUUCAAGCCAACCACACUAAAUGUUGUAUGGUUCAUGAAAUGUAAAUAGAAAUUAGCAACUCAAAACAUGAACUGAACUUCUAUAAUAUGGUCAUUGAUGAUCUUGGUGUA